GGCAACCCACUCCAGUGUUCUUGCCUGGAGAAUCCCAGGGACGGGGAAGCCUGGUGGGCUGCUGUCCAUGGGGUUGCACAGAGUCGGACAUGACUGAAGUGACUUAGCAGCAGCAGCAGCAAGGAAAGCCUUCCCUGGGCUCCAGGGUGCCCAGUGUUCCUCCCCCAGGGCCUGUUAGAUCACAUUUUCCACCUGUGGCUGAAGCCCUCUUUAGACUAGGAGCCCCUGAAAGCAGCAAACAUUUCGUUUUUGGCAGUGCUUGACACGGCAUACUUUAAAAAAUCCAAAGAAACAUACAAAGCAUGAAGUAUUAUAAGCAUAAACAUGAAGGGGAUGUUAACAAGUGCCUGACUGACUCUUAGAGGAUGCUUGUCCUGGUUUUAAAAAAGCACAUACUAUGUGUUUUAGAGUCAGGUCCGUAAGUCACAGGUGGUGGCCAGGCAACAGAAUGGAGAUUUGGAGGCAGCAGUAUCUGAGUCUGCCUGGAGCCCUAGGCAAGAUACACAGGCCAGACCUCCUCCUUCCUUGCAGGAGGGAGGCCUCAAAGUGGGAGGAAGUAAAGGCCACCUCCUGGUUGGGGACAGCUGGGGCUGGUGGUUUGGUGGUAGGAGGUGAAAAAAAGUCUCAAGAUCUAGGGGCUGACAGGAGGGGGUGUGGGGAGGGGCCAGGAACACACCCUCCAGGGAGCACCCCCCCCCCCCCCCCCCCCCCUUAAGAUAGUGGAAUGGAUGGUGGUUGGUCCCUGGCCAGCAGGAGAGGGAAAGUGAGAAGCAGGUUUUGGAGAGGGUGGAGGGGGAAAGAAGCUGCCAGUUUCUGCUCUGCUGAGUGUGAGACACCCAGGAAACAUCCCCCCUGGGGACACAUACAUGUGGGUCUGGAACCCAGGGAACUUGGGGUUCAGUCAGUUCUGGGUUGGGACUAAGAAGCAGGUAAGAUGUCCAAGAAGGAAUGGUGAAGACCCUCAGGUGGAGAGGACAGAGGCUGGAGAGUAAGUCCAAAGAAAAGGUGGGAACUCCGGGGCUAUAGGACUUGUGGGCAGAGAGACGUCUCCGGGGCAUUGAUGUCCCCCAGGUCCAACAGAUCCUGAGGAGGGGAGCGGCCGGAAUGCGGGGGGCCUGGAGACAGCCUGGGGUCCGAGGGUCUCAAAGAGAUUGCGAGAGUUGGCCGCCCAGGAACGGGGUGGGCCUGGUCUGGGUGCAGCGGUGAGCUCCCCGUCGAAGCCCGAGGGCGCAUGCGCGGAGCGGCGGGCAUUGUCACGUGCUGCCGUCUGGCCCGCGGUCUCCCGGGAGUGGCCGGAGUGGUCUGGGCAGCGGCGCGUGCGGUGGCUGGGGGACAGCGGCAGCCAAGCCGCCGAAGCCCUCGAGGAUGGAGGUCCUGGACGAGUUCGACAGCGAGUUCCCCCAGACUGUGACCUUCUGCCAGCUCAUCUCCGAGGAGGACUUCGAGAGGCAGGCGGCGACCUACACGGAGCGCGCGCUGCGCCGCCUCUUCCGCAGUCUCGACCGCAACCCGGCGCUGGCCGAGCGCGUGGUGCGCAAGGGCAAGCAGGCCGAGUGCGAGCGGCGCGGGCUCCUCUCCUUCCUCUGGGCCAAGGCGUCGUGUGCGGUCCAGGGGGAGCUGAACGGCUGUAACAGCAUGAGCGCCCUGGAGAUGCACCAGCGCCUGGAACAGCUGAAGAGACGCAUCCACCGCGUGCACCUCUACUCCCAGGGUCCCCUGGUAUGUUUGCUUGUUCUCCUCUGCCUGUGUGUCUUGGACGGUUGCUCUGAAGCUGUGAUGAGAUGCCAAGAGGAGGAGGAGGAAGCGGAAACGGAAGAAACCAGAGCGCAUCGUCUCGGCCGCCCCAGGCCUGCUCCCAGCCCUGCUGCCGCCUGUGCCACCGCUGCUGCCCACGGCCCCCACGGCGGCCCCGCCACCCGCUGUCUACACUAUGCCCAGGGUCUUUGGCCCCUUCCCUCCGCUGCCCAGCACAUCGCUGGAGAAAGUGGAAGUUUCGAGCCCCAUGGUCGACCUGACCCCCCUGGUCCUCAAUCCUGGGGGCUUCCACUUCUCGUACCUGACCAGGAACAAUGCGCACGAGCUCCGCUUCCCCUGGACCUCAGUCUGCAGUAGCCCCGCCGCCCCCGAGGAGACGCCGUCCUCGUCUGUGAGGGCUUCCAUCUUCACCCCGCCUGUCCUGCUCAAGUUCCAGCCUGUGCCCAGACCCACAGGUGACUCAGAGAAUGACCCUGGCAAUGCAGAGUCCGUGCCCCACCAGAGGGAGCAGUCACCCCUUCUGUACAGACCACGGCCGGAGGACGAAUAAACUCCCCUGCUGGUGUCUUCUUA